AUGUCGCUUCCCACUCGAUCCCUUGGCCGCAACGGCCCUCAAGUCCCUGCCGUUGGCUUGGGACUCAUGAGCCUCGGCAGUGUCUACGGAUCUGCCGGUACACUCGAAGACAAGGUCGCAUUCCUUGAACAUGCCCAUGCCAUUGGUUCCAGAUUCUGGGAUACCGCCGAUGUAUACUUCGACAGCGAAGAUGCCGUUGGCGCGUGGGUCAAAGAGUCAGGCAAUCGCGACGAUGUUUUCCUGGCGACCAAGUUCGCUCUGCAUAACAGCGCAUUGGAGACGGUCCGUUCGGAUCCGGAGUAUGUCAAGGCUGCCUGUGAGAAGAGCUUGAAGAGACUUGGUGUUGAGACCAUUGAUCUUUAUUACUGCCAUCGGGUUGAUGGUGUGACGCCUAUUGAGAAGACUAUUGAGGCUAUGGUUGAGUUGAAAGACCAAGGCAAAAUCAAAUAUCUCGGACUAUCUGAAUGCUCUGCAUCGACUCUCCGCCGUGCUCAUGCUAUCCACCCUAUCGCUGCGUACCAGGUGGAAUACAGUCCCUUCGCGUUGGAUAUUGAGUCGCCAACCACUGAUAUCUUGAACACCUGCCGUGAACUUGGUAUUGCUGUCAUCGCCUACAGUCCCGUCGGUCGCGGCAUUCUAACUGGACAAAUCCAAUCGCUUUCCGAUAUCCCCGAGAAUGACUUCCGUCGCAUGCUUCCCAAGUAUGGAGAGGAGAAUUUCCCGAAGAUUUUGGAACUAGUUCAGGGACUCAAAGCGGUUGCGAGUAACCAUGGCAGCACUGCUGCUCAGGUGGCUAUUGCAUGGCUUCUUGCUCAAGGUUCUGAUAUAAUUCCGAUUCCUGGCACCAAGUCGAUCAAGAACCUUGACGAGAAUACCCGUACUGUUUCUCUGAACUUAUCGGAGAAGGAGCUGACGGAGAUUCGGGAGUUGAUCGACCGAACGGAGAUCCCUGGGACGCGCUAUCCUGCUAUGAUGAUGGACUGUGUUUUUGGAGACACACCGGCACUCUAG